AUGGCCGGCCGCGGGCCACCGCUGCUCACCCUCCUCGCCCUCCUCGCCCUCCUCGCCCCGCGCGGCGCCCAGCCUGCAGCGUUUCUUCCCACCUCAAAAGCAAAUGAAGUUCUGGUGAGACGGAAACGAGCCAGCUCCUACCUUUUGGAAGAGCUCUUUGAGGGAAAUUUAGAAAAGGAAUGUUACGAAGAAAUCUGUGUCUAUGAGGAAGCAAGAGAAGUAUUUGAAAAUGACGCAUCCACUGAUGGAUUUUGGAAGACGUAUCUGGGCGGCUCCCCGUGCGUCUCCCAACCCUGCCUCCACAACGGGUCCUGCCAGAGCAGCAUCCACGGCUACACCUGCACCUGCGCCCCGGGCUACGACGGCCGGGACUGCGCCUUUGCUAAAAAUGAAUGUCACCCUUUGAGGACGGAUGGGUGUCAGCACUUCUGCCACCCGGGGCCGGGGUCUUACACGUGCAGCUGUGCGAAGGGGCAUAAGCUGGGCCGGGACCACAGAUCCUGCAUUCCCCACGACAGGUGUGCGUGCGGAGCCCUCAGUUCUGAGUGCCUUCUGACGCCACAGGGAUGCGAGCAGGACCCUCCGACUUUCCCGUGGCAGGUAAAACUAACAAAUUCCGAAGGAGAAGACUUCUGUGGAGGUGUUCUAAUACAGGACAAUUUUGUACUGACAACAGCAAAAUGUUCACUCUUGUACAGAAACAUUAGUGUGAAAACAAGUUCCCGCUCCCGGGCGCGCGAGGCCCCGCCGGCGGUGGAGGUGAAGGGCGUCCACGUGCACACGAGAUUCGAGGCGGACACGGGGGACAAUGACGUGGCCCUGCUGGAGCUGGCGCGGCCCGUGCGCUGCCCCGACGCCGGGCGGCCCGUCUGCAUUGCCGAGGCCGACUUCGCCGAGCGCGUCCUCCUCCCGCGGCCGGGCGUGCUGGGCGGCUGGACCCUCCGCGGCCCCAAGCUGGAGCCCGCGCGGCUGCCGGUCACGCACGUGGAGCCCGGGGAGUGCGGCCGGGCCCUCAACGCCACGGUGACCACGCGGACGGGCUGCGAGCGGGGCGCGGCGGCCGGGGCGGCGCGGUGGGCGGCGGGCGGCGCGGUGGCCCGGGAGCACCGCGGCGCCUGGUUCCUCACCGGCCUCCUGGGCGCCGCGCCCCCCGAGGGCCCCGGGCCGCUCCUGCUCAUCAAGGUCCCCAGAUACGCGCUCUGGCUCCGGCGAGUCACGCAGCAGCCGAGCUCCGCCAGCCGGAGAGGCGACCACGGUCACAGACGCGACGGGGAGCCGGUGCUGGGAUGA